UGAGGCUUUAUAAUCAUAUACCUUCAGAAUGUAAUCAAACUGUAACAAACAUAUCUUGCUUGACAAUUGCCAAAUCAAGUUUAUUAUUCAUUACAUGCAAAAAUAAAAAUAAUAAUUAAACUCUAAGUAAUAUAAUCAAAUCUAAUGGACUAAAGCAUUAUGUAAUAUACACUAAAAAGCUUGAGAAUAGUAGAUCUUUGAAAUGACCUUUUAAACAUUUUCAUUGGACUAUUUAUAAACAUAUUUAAAAUACUCACAUUAAUAUAUUAUUGAUGUAAUAAAAAGAAUUUUACAACCUAUGUAAAAAACAGUUUAAAGAAAUUUGUUUGGAAUGAAUGCCAGCAAUUAAAUUGUGGAAAAAACUCUAAAUAAUAACCAUUUAAUGCCCAUGAUUAUUAAAAACAAACUAUUUAAAAAACUAAAUAAUUUCAACCAAAGUGUUAUUUACUUAAUCUGUGAAUAAUAUAAUCAUUUUCCCACGCAUAUAUAAUCCUGCACUAGGUUUCUUAAGUAUCUUUCUUUGCCUAGUAGAAAUACGGCCUCAAACUGUGGGGAUCUGGAGCAUAUUUCCUUCAUCCUCAAGGCAUGUACUAUCCACAUGUGGUGCAAACCGGUAUGACAGCACCUUAUGGUGGUGGAGUCUUUCCUCCUCAAAUUAAUAGAAUCGGAUCUAUAAUGAGUUCUACAAACGUAACCAAUGAUGCCAAACCUUUAUCAAUAAGCAUCAAGGAUGAAAAUUUGGGUAGUCAUCAACAAUCAACUGCUGUUCAAGUUACUCAAGCCAAUCCAUCCACACAAUGCUCCACUAAAGCCCAAUUAUCACAAGGAAAUUUCAGUCCACCAUCCCCUUCAAAUGAAGUCGAACAACAAGCUAUGUCUGAAGUUUUUCAAGCAGCAGUUGCGGCUGCUGUAGUUGCGGCUAACAGCAAUGUAAAUCAACAGGCUGUUUCUACUACCGUUACUAAUGACAUCGAUUCGGAUACAAAUGCAGAUGCCAAUUCUCUCAUCCCAGCAUCUUCGAAUGCCAUGACACCAUCUAUACAAACCCAAAUAAAUGAAUCCAAAGGCCAACCUAAAAGAUUACAUGUCAGUAAUAUCCCUUUUCGGUUCAGAGAUCCUGACUUACGAGCUAUGUUCGGGCAAUAUGGUCCAAUUUUGGAUGUAGAAAUCAUUUUUAACGAACGUGGCAGUAAGGGGUUUGGUUUUGUAACAUUCGCAAAUUGUUCAGAUGCAGACCGAGCACGUGAGAGACUACAUGGCACAGUGGUUGAGGGCAGGAAAAUAGAGGUUAAUAAUGCUACAGCUCGAGUUCAAACUAAAAAAGCAACAGGGCUUCCCAACGUUUGUGUCCAGUGGCCAGAAGCUGCAGCACUGAGAGGUGUAGCUAUUCAAAGAGGACGAAUGAAUACUACAAGAACAUCGUUUCCGGCCAGUGCAGCUUUGGCUUUAUCACGCAACCCUUCAAUCGCAGCAGCUGCUACUGCAUUGCAUCCAUUUGCUCAGGCUAUGUAUUACGACCCAUUUAUUGCUGCGCACUCUGCCACUCAAGAUCCAAGCUAUCGAUUGCAGGCCGCUGCUGCAGCUGCAGCUGCAUCGCCAUUACUGAAAGCUCCACUCUCGUCAACACAGCAAGCUUCAUAUGCAGCAGCAGCCACAUAUACAGCUGUUGCAGCUCGAGCAUAUGGAGCUGCUGCUGCUAGUCAACCUGUUGCAGGGUAUACAACUGUAGCUGGAUAUGGUCGUGAUUUUUCAGACCCCUACAUAGGACAUGGCAUUGGUCCUGUAACAGGAUAUGGGGCAACAGUUUAUAGAAGCGGUUACAAUAGAUUUACACCGUAUUAAAGGGGUUUGCAAUUGAAUCUCUAUUUAUGAUUCUAAUGACAAAUAAUGAGUACCAUAAAUAUUAUAGGAUACUAAACAUAGGCAUUUGUUAUUGGGAAUUUUUUUGAAUUUUUUGUAUAAAUAUUCUGUAUUUGUCGAUUUCACCAGACCAUUGUAUAUUUUAUCAUUUUCAUCGAGAACUGAGCUUAUCCAUGACAAAGUCCAGAAUACUCAAAGUUAAUGUUAAUUAAAAUUUUUUAUUUUAGAUAUUGCUUUGUGAAUCCGCAGACACUGUUUAUAUAUUUUUAUUUCCUUACCAA